AUGAAGUAUAUACGCUACGAAAAUGAGAUUACUCGAUAUAUUACCUCUUCAUGUGUGGAGAAGGCUUUUUGUAUGGCUGCUUGUUGGGCCGAAGAUCCAAAAGGAGAUGCCUUCAAAAAGCAUAUUGCUAGGAGUCUUGGUAGCCAGACAUGGGACGCUAGUUUUGCCAUCCAAGCUUUGAUUUCUACUAAUCUAAUUGAGGAAAUUGCUCCCACGCUUGCAAGAGGACUUUAUUUUAUGAAGCAAUCUCAGGUUCAAGACAAUCCUUCUGGUGACUUUAAGAGCAUGUAUCGUCACAUUUCUAAAGGGACAUGGACCUUCUCAGUCGCAGACCAAGCAUUGCAGGUUUCUGAUUCAGCAGAAGGUUUGAAGAAUAAAAAUAAUGGUGGUGUGGCAGCUUGGGAACCAAUCAAGGGACAAAAGUGGUUAGAAGUGAGAACAGCGAUGAACACAGUAGAGUUUUUUGAGGACAGUAUGGUUGAGCAUGAAACUGUGGAAUGUACUGGAUCAGCAGUUCAGGCUCUAGUUUUGUUUGGAAAGUUUUAUCCGACACAAAGAAGAAAAGAGAUUGAGAAUUUCAUUGAGAAUGGUGUGAGAUUCAUUGAAGAUACACAAACAGAAGAUGGUUCGUGGUGGGGAUUCUGGGGAAUUUGCUUUACUUAUGGAACAAUGUUUGCACUUGCUGGUCUUGCUGCUGCUGGUAAGACCCAUCAAAACUCUAAUACUGUUCGCAAAGCUGAAUAUAUUCCACUUGAAGGAAACCGAUCACAUGUAGUACAAACAGCGUGGGCUAUGAUGGGCUUGAUUCAUUCUGGACAAAUGAAGAGACCAACCAACACCCACUACAAAAAAACACUGAUUUACCGAUGGAAUUACCCACGGAAUUACCGAAGGAAGCCAAAAUUACUGACAGAAUUACCGAUGGAUUUGCGACAGACAAGAAUUACUGACGGAAUGCAUUCCGUCAGAAAUUUUUCGUCAUUAAAUCAAUUUGCGACGGAAUCUCAAAUUCCGUCAGUAAUUUCCAAUGGAAUUUCCAUCAGAAAAUACCGACAGAAUUUCUCCGUCACAAAAUUUGUGACGGAAUUAGCCACGAAAUUUCGAACGGAAUAUUCCGUGGCUGAUCAGCCACAGUGGCUAAUCAGCCACGAAUUUGCCCAUAGAAUAUUCUGUGGUUAA